AUGACUCCAAAGAGCAGAAUCAUAAUUGAUACUGAUCCCGGUGUUGAUGAUGUUAUUGCCAUGCUCUUGGCUUUCAAUGCCAACCUUGAGCAGCUCGAAGUUAUCUGCCUCUGGAAUGCCCUAGCCGUCUUCCAUGUAGUCGAAAAGGAGAUAGAAUGGUAUGAAUCGGUCAACCCUGCAGCCUACUCGUCCUUUUUUAUGGCAUCCAAGAUACCUGCGUACAAGGAGAUGCUCCGUAUUCUUAGAGAGAAUCCUCCUGACACUAUCAGUAUCCUGGCCAUGGGUCCACUAACCAACGUAGCUCUUGCAGCUGCCGAGAAUCCUGAGACCUUCCUCAAGGUGAAAGAAGUCGUCGUUAUGGGCGGUGCUAUAAAUGUUCCAGGCAACGUCACGCCAGCCGCGGAGUUCAACACUGCCAGCUUCCACCAUGCCACCAGCAUCUGA